UAAAAAUCCAGUCGCUUUGAGAAAUUUAUAACCGUCUUUCAUUCAGUAUAAAAUAUGUGAAACAUCAGGAGGACGAAAACACUGGUGUGGAUUCCAGACGGCAAGAAGGAAGAGGUAAAAAAGAAGGUUGCUCUUCCUCCUCCUCUACACGACUGCUGCUGUCCUGGGAUCGAUUCCAAAACUAGCACGCUCCAGCGGCCGCCGCUCCUUGCCUUCACCCCGCCUCCAAGCACAGCGAGGGGGGGAGCCCUCAGUCCCUGGCUGCUUGCCCAACCAGCCAGCCUCCAACUUGUAUAUAAAGGGAGUCAGGAGGGAGACUCGGGCCACCGAGAAUCAGAGACACACAGACAAAUGAUCGCUGAUCCCGUGAACCAGAUACAAGUGAGACAGACUUCUGCCGGAUCCCUAGCCUCUAAAGUUUGCAGUUAUUGUGCCUACAUUUCUAAGAUAUUUAGAAAGUGUUAAACCUUAGACGUGCUUUACAUUCUAGAGUAUAUGAACUUUUCGGCUCGUACAAACUGGACUGCAUCACAAUAUAUACUCUGUCACUGCUAUUGAAAAGUCUAAUUGCAGUGACCUUUGAAAAAAAAGGACUGCACUGUGUUUUGAAUAUUGAAAAUACUUUGCAAAAAUCCUGAUUUUGGUUCACAGUUUGCUUCCUCUUCGGGGGAGAUCUCACCUCUUUCCCAUUACUCUAGUUUGCUGUAUUGCCGAUUGUGUUGCUCACAAUUGUCUGGGGCACCAUGAUGUUUGAAGGCUUUGACGUGCUCUCGGCACUUGCCACACUUGCUGCCUGUCUAUUAUCCGUCGUCCUGCUCCUGGCUGUUUCACAGCAGCUGUGGCAACUUCGCUGGGCUGCCACCCGUGACAAGUCCUGCAAGCUUCCUAUCCCCAAGGGCUCUAUGGGCUUCCCAAUUGUUGGAGAGACAUUUCACUGGAUCCUGGAGGGCACUACGUUCCAUUCAUCCAGGAGGGAGAAAUAUGGCAAUGUGUUUAAAACUCACUUACUUGGCCGCCCUCUUAUCCGAGUGACAGGCGCAGAGAAUGUGAGGAAAGUCCUGAUGGGAGAACACAAUCUGGUCAGCACUGAGUGGCCACGGAGUACCAGGAUGUUGCUAGGCCCCAACAGUCUAGCUAAUUCAAUUGGAGAUAUCCACAGGAAUAAAAGAAAGAUUUUUUCUAAAGUGUUCAGCCAUGAAGCCUUAGAAAGCUACUUGCCCAAAAUCCAACUGGUGAUACAGGACACCCUCAGGGAGUGGAGCAGCAACCCUGAACCCAUUUGUGUCUACAGUGAGGCACAGAAGCUCACCUUUCACAUGUCCAUUAGGGUCCUAUUGGGGUUCUGCAUCGCAGAUGAAGAAAUGAACCACAUGUUCAAAUCAUUCCUGCAGUUUAUCGAUAGUCUCUUCUCUCUGCCAAUAGAUAUGCCAUUGAGUGGUUAUAGGAAAGGAAUUCAGGCCCGUGAAGCUCUCCAAAAGGGCUUAGAAAAAGCCAUCCAAGAUAAGAUACAGAACAGCCAGGGGAAAGACUACACUGAUGCUUUAGAUGUUUUAAUAGAAAGCAGCAAGGAACAUGGAAAAGAGAUGUCGAUGCAAGAGGUGAAGGAUGCCACAUUAGAGUUUAUCUUUGCUGCAUUUGCCACAACGGCUAGCUCCAGUACGUCAUUGAUAAUGCAACUGCUCAAACAUCCAGCUGUCUUGGAGAAGUUAAGGGACGAACUUAAAAGCAAAGGCAUCCUUCAUAAUGGCUGUCUCUGUGAGGGAGUUCUGAACCUGGAGACUAUUAUGAGCCUCAACUAUUUGGACUGUGUGAUUAAGGAGGUCCUUCGGCUCUUCUCCCCCGUUUCUGGAGGUUAUAGGGUGGCACUUCAGACAUUUGAGCUGGAUGGCUAUCAGAUACCUAAAGGCUGGAGUGUACUGUACAGUAUCCGAGAUACACAUGACACAGCACCAGUUUUCAAAGAAGUUGAAAAGUUUGAUCCAGAUCGUUUUUCACAGGAACGUUGUGAAGACAAGGAUGGCAGGUUCCAUUAUCUUCCAUUUGGUGGUGGUGUACGGACCUGUCUUGGAAAACAGCUAGGCAAGUUGUUCCUCAAAACACUAGCUAUUGAGCUAGCUAGUACAAGUCAGUUUGAACUGGCCACAAGAACUUUUCCCAAAGUCACGACAGUUCCUGUAGUCCAUCCUAUAGAUGGUCUUAAGGUGAAAUUUUUUGGACUUGAUUCCAACCAGAAUGAAAUUGUAACAGAGACAGAUGCUAUAUUGGGAUCUACAGUCUAAAACACUCAGCUACCUUUUUCACUUUGGGCAAACUUUUACUCACUACACUAACUUUUCAAAUGGACUUUUGAAAUCUUACAAAGCUGCCAAAAUGGUAUUUUUACUUGUGUUUUUAAAGCCUUUUCACAAUGGAGAACAGACUUGGGACCAUAUGCUUGAGUCGAGAGAACUGAAAGAAAUGGAAGAAACUUGUAGAGAAAUUUUAAAUUAUCAGGGUAAAACAGUUUAAAGUAUCAUUGCAUUGUGUAUUUGUUUUGCUUGUUACUGAAUAUUUGCUCAUGUUCCUGGAAUGGUUAGGCGAUAUGGUGAAAGCUGUAGUUAAAAGAAAGUUCUCAUGUGAUCAGAAGUAGCCAGUCAGGAACAGUGACAGCAAUUACAGUUUCAUGUACAUGUUCACAAAUGACCAGUACAGUGUUAUGUUUAGUAAGCUCUUUUCCAUGCCUUGGUGCAUGACUAGAGAAUGAUACAGGCUCUGCAAUAAAUUAAUCCAUUAUAGCUACUUAAUAAUAGCAUUUCCGCUAGUUGUAAUAACAAAAUACAGAGGGGAAAACGAGGAAAGAGCAAGUAGUUGGUUGAGGCAAUAGCCAUUCUGAAGGUUAAAUGUUGAAGUUAGGUCAAACAAGAAAGUGGGAGAAAGGGUGAAGAGAAUGCCGUAAGGAGUCUAGUAGAACAGAAGAAAGGGAAAAAGUUAAAGGGGAUAAAAUGAAAGUUGUAUUAACCUCAGAGUAAAAAAAUGAACUGAAAGCUAUUCUUUCAAUCAGAGAACCAAACAUGCUGCAGAUAAGAGGAUUAAAGUCACACACCCAUAUACAUAUUUACAUUGCGCUGACUACAGUACAUAAUUAUAUAACUUGACUAAAAAGGAACUGCAAUCAUUUUGCAGACUAAGCACUUUGAAUGUCAAAAAUUAAAAAGCAAAGUUUUCUAGCACAGUCCUGGUACUGGCUAACACUAUAUUAUUGCAUACACAGCAGCUGCCGAAUAUUGAAUUUGUAUUGUCUGUCUUUAUAAACUAUUAUAAGUACUAUUUUUGUUAUAAUUCAAAAUAGAUAUUUAGUAUAAAGGUUUGCUGUUAAAUAUUUGUUAUUUAGUAAAAUAUUGGAUUUCUUUUAUUGUAAACUGUUCAAAUAUUAAUAUGUUUUAAUAUUAAAAGCACUUGUGUUUUUUUAUUGGUGUCAUACAAAUGUGUUUUUCAUUAUUGUGAAUAUAAUUUGUAAAUAAUAUUAUGUUUCAUAUAUUAAGAUGAAUGUUGUGCAUUUCUGUGAUCUUUGAAAUAAUGUAUGUGGGUAUUUUAUAGACUUCCAUAAUAAAACAAAUACAGAUCUUGAAAAGUC